AAUAUACUUACACCAGAGGAUAAUAAUCUACGAAUCGUCUGCCUGCUUGAAAGGUUUUUUUUUACUAAUAAUCUACGAAUCGUCUGCCUCCUUGAAAGGUUUUAAACUGUUUUUCAUCUAUCUUUGAAUUCGAUUAUUUCAAAUAAUGAAGCCUAUACUCGGAUAUUGGGACUUACGAGGAAUUGUUGAGCCGAUUCGUUACCUUCUUCGAUACAAAAAAGUUGACUUUCUGGAUAAGAGAUAUGUCCAUGGAACUGAUAAAUGGCUAAAAGAAAAGUUCAGUCUUGGUUUAGAUUUCCCGAAUUUGCCUUACUACAUGGAAAACAAUUUAAAACUCUCGCAAAGUUUAGCAAUUAUCAGACAUUUGGGUGCAAAAUAUGAGCUGGAUGGGAAAACGAAUCAGCAAAAGUUGCGAAUAUAUGUUGCUGAACAACAAAGCCGUGACUUUCGGAUGAGUUUGAGGACCAUUGCUUAUGAUCCUCAUUGUGAAGAAAAGAAGAAAGAGUUCUUGGAAAAUAUUUCGGGUUCUUUCAGAGAAUGGGAGAGGUUUGUUGGCAACAGGAAGUUCAUUGCUGGAGAUGAUUUGUCGUAUGUAGAUUUUAUGGUUUAUGAAAACCUGGAUUAUUACAGACUCUUUCACGCAACGAUUCUUGAAGAUUACCCAAUACUGAAAGCCUACCAUAGCAGAGUGAAAAAUUUGCCAGAGAUGCAAGAAUAUUUGAAAUCUCCUAAUUAUAAACGAUGGCCUAUAUUUGGUCCCACUGCCAAAUUCGGCGGCGGGGGAAAAGAACCGAAGCACAUUUAAGAAUAGAAUAUCGAUAUGGAUUAAUAUAUCGAUAUCUCGAAGAAUAAUAGGACAUGGAAAUCAUGUUUCAGAUUCAGUAAGUUAGGAACAUAGUAUAUAUUUGUGAAAUUUAUGAAUUAUAGGACAUGAAGUUUCUUUUUGAGAACCAGAAUGGCAAUUAUAUAAUAUUACAGGGAAAUUUAUAAAUUGUAGGGUAUGGUUUUAUGUUGAAUUAUAGAACAUGAAAAACCAGAUUGUUAUAUAAUACAGAAUUGUGAAAUUUAUGAAUUAUAGGAUAUUGCAUCAUUGUGGAUUAUAGGACAUGGAAACCAUGUUUUAGAACCAGACUGUUAAUUAUAUGAUGCAGAGUUGUGAAAUUUAUGAAUUCUUGAACAUUGCAUCAUGAUGGAUUUUAUAGCAUAGAAUCUAUUAUUCGGAAGCAGCUAUUAAUCAUGUAAUGAUAUAAUUUUGAAAUUUAGAACUUAUAGGACAUGAAAACUAUUUUUUAUGACCUGGACUGUUAAUUAUAUAAUGCAUAAUUGUGAAAUUUAUGAAUUAUAUACGAUAUGAUAUCGUUCUUUAUAAGAAGACACGGAAACCAUGUUCAAAAACUAGGCUGUUAGUUAUACAAUACAGAGUUGUCAAAUUUGUGAUUUAUAGGAUAUGACAUCAUGAUGGAUUGUAAGACACAGAAUUUAUGCUUUAGAACCAAAAUAUUAAUUGUAUAAUGAUAUAACUGUAAAAUUUAGAAAUUAUAGGAUAUAUCAAUGUGGAUUAUAAGAAAAAUAAUACAUGUGUGAAAACUUGAAUGCUAGCUAUUAAAUAUAGAAUUCUGGUGUUUACAUUUUUUACUUUAUUUACAAUCAAAAACUAUCAUAAGUAAAUUCGAUUUGCUAAGUAUUCAAAUGAUUAAACCAUUGGCGUAUACCAAGAAAAAAAAAUAAUAGGGAGCCAACUAUUAUUUUUACGUCCUCCCUCCUUUUGUAUUUUUAAAAAAAUUGAUAUUAACUCAAUGAUAUUUUGUCCUCUUUCUAAGACUGACACUGAAAACUUUUGCCCUCUCUUUUUGGCUUGUCUCUAAAUCAUAAAUUUAAAGUAUUUUUAAACAAAUUCAAGUUUAUCAUCUUUUUUUUAUUAGAAUUUAACUCCAAUAAUAUUUGCAUGGUUAAAUAUUAUUAUUUUGCUGAACAAUAUUUUGUUAAAUUCUUUUUAAUAAUUAGUUCUUUUAUUCUGUAAAAAGGUUUAGAUAUUAAUGUUUUAUCGUUGUGCUAUAAAACAAAUAAGUAUAUAAUAAAGGUAUAGUUUAGGUAUAUAGUAAAGGUAAGGUCUUAUAGGUAUUUUAGUAAAUUAAUAUACAAUUUUAUUUAACUUGAAUUAUAUCAUGCGUACAAAAAUGUAGUUUUGGCAUAACGGAGUACUUUUCCAUCUCUUCCCUGAUGUGCUACAGUUUUAAAAUUUUCUACUCUUUUGUUGUCUCUUGUUCUCUUUUCUAUUCGUUUGUAAUUUUUUACUCUUUUGGAUGAUAAUAAUCUAUUUGAAUAUUUCAAUGAUAAGUUAUCUGUGAAUUGGUGAAUUUAAUUAAAUGUUGAUUCCCUUAACGUGGCGCCACCUGAUAAUGAAUUUGAGAAGCAUUUAUAGAUCUUAUAAUAUUUAUAUUAUUGAGUUGUAAAUAGAAAAUCAAAAAGUAAUAAAUAAUUAAAAUAAAAUGAAUUUUAAUACAUUAACUAAAGUGUGCUUUUAGAUACUGUUUUUAUUAAGUUUUAAAUAUAAUUAAGAAGAAAGUAUUAUUUGAUUCUGCGUGCUUUUAUACAUAAUGUUAUUUUUGUUUAUUGAGAUUUUUAAAAAUAUUUAUACCUUUCAUUUUUAUUUAAAUUUAUAAAAUUAAAAGUUUCAAUGCAUGAUUAAAUGAACAAUGAAUAUAAUUAUCACAGGUAUAUGAAGUUUGUUUUUUGUUGUUUUUU